UUCGAUCGAUAGAGAAGAAGAAAAUAGGUUGAAUUUUCUUGGGAAAACGUUGCGUUUGAGUUCACACACAUUUAACGCAAACAGCGAGCCGAACGAGUGCUAAAAACUGUGUUGAGCAUUAAAAAGCAGCACAGUUAAUUUAAAUUAAACAAUUUUGCAAACGCUUUAAUCGCUGUUUGUUUGUGUGUCAACUGUGCAACUGUGCAAGUGUGUGUGUGUGUCAGUCAGUCAUUCACAAUAAUGGAGAGCUCUGGAUUUAUGUUCAACGUUGACAACGGUUAUUUGGAGGGACUUUGCCGUGGCUUCAAAUGCGGCAUUUUGAAGCAGGCCGACUAUUUGAAUCUGGUGCAGUGUGAGACACUCGAGGAUCUGAAGCUGCAUCUGCAGGGCACGGACUAUGGCAGUUUUCUGGCCAACGAGCCGUCGCCUCUGUCGGUCUCCGUGAUCGAUGAUAAGCUGCGUGAGAAGCUCGUGAUUGAGUUCCAGCAUAUGCGCAAUCACGCCGUGGAGCCACUGUCCAAUUUCCUGGACUUUAUCACAUAUGGCUAUAUGAUUGAUAACAUCAUACUGUUGAUCACGGGCACACUGCAUCAGCGUCCCAUCUCCGAGCUGAUUCCCAAGUGUCAUCCAUUGGGCAGCUUCGAGCAGAUGGAGGCCAUCCAUGUGGCAUCCACACCCGCUGAGCUCUACAAUGCCGUCUUGGUGGACACUCCGUUGGCCCCGUUCUUCGUCGACUGCAUUUCGGAGCAGGAUCUCGACGAGAUGAACAUCGAGAUCAUCCGUAAUACCCUCUACAAAGCCUACCUCGAGGCAUUCUACAACUUCUGCAAGAACAUGGGCGGCUCCACUGCCGAUGUCAUGUGCGAAAUCUUGGCCUUUGAGGCUGAUCGUCGUGCCAUCAUCAUCACGAUCAACUCCUUUGGCACCGAGCUGUCCAAGGACGAUCGCGCCAAGCUGUAUCCCAACUGUGGCAAGAUGUAUCCCGAUGGAUUGGCCGCCUUGGCUCGGGCCGAUGAUUACGAGCAGGUGAAAACCGUGGCCGAGUAUUAUGCCGAAUAUGCGGCACUCUUUGACGGAUCCGGCAAUAAUCCUGGCGAUAAGACACUGGAGGACAAGUUCUUUGAGCAUGAGGUGAAACUGAAUGUGUUUGCCUUCUUGCAACAGUUCCAUUUCGGCGUCUUCUAUGCGUAUCUGAAGCUCAAGGAGCAGGAAUGUCGUAAUAUUGUCUGGAUUGCCGAAUGUGUGGCCCAAAAACAUCGCGCCAAAAUCGACAACUAUAUACCUAUAUUCUAAGAUCCCUCAAUUCCCCUUACAACAAAAAAAAAAAACAAAAAAACACAUUUCAAUAAUUUUUAAACAUCAAUUUCUUACUUUUCAAUCGUUAAUUAAUGUACUACAAUUUUUUUUUUUUGUGUUUUUCCCCCUUGUUAUGCAAUUUUGUUUAUAUAAAUGUGUGUAUAUUAUAAUAUGAUACUACUGUAUGUAUUCUUGUUUCGAGUAUUAUUCCAAUUUACCAUACAUAUAUAUAUUGUUGUUGUUGUGGCUGCCACAGUCAGACCCAAGUAUGACGGCAAACGCAAGUUGAAAAUUUUCAUAUAAAAAAUUAGUGCAAUUGCAGCUGUU